UAAUUCAACGUGCUUUUGACGAUUUUGCGGGAAGUGUACUAAAAUAUAAGAUUUUACUGAAUGUUGAUAUCUUAACAAACUUAUCAUAGCAUGGCAUUAUUGACUUUACCAGCGUCACCAAACUGGUACAUAAGCCAUACAGUGGGCUUCAAUAAAAGUGGUCUGCUUGUUUUUGCUGCUAGACAUGACGUUUUCAUAUACGACGCAUCAACAUUCCCAAUAGCCCAUAAAGGGGUUUAUUGUGGACACAGAGAAAAAGUGACGUGCGUCACAUUGCCAUCUACAACGGUAGAUCCAAACCAGAUACUGUGUUGCAGUGGUUCAGAGGACGGUAAAGUGUUUAUCUGGGAUGUCAACUCAUACGAGUUACUCUAUGAAACUGAAGCACAUGGUAAGGUCACAGCACUAACAUGGUCAGCUUUCAAUCACAUGCUAAUUGUAUUUGGAGAUGACAAAGGGGAGGUAACUUGCUGGAACUUCUGUGACAACAGAAUUGCAAGUUUCAAGGGAGAGAAGUCACCUGUGUUGACAACUGAAUUUUCAAAUUUAGAAGAAUUUACAUUAGCUGUUGGGUACAAGUCUGGUGUAGUGAUCUUGUAUGAUAUUAGAGAUGGAAGUUUAAUUCAUCGUUUGAGAGGGCAUGAUGAUGAGGUCCAUUCUAUUGCAUGGUGUCCUAUAUCAGGGGAGAAUUUUAAACCACAGAAAAUAUACAAAGACUUGGACAGACCUGAGGAGGAGAAUGAAACCAAUGUGAAUGAAACAGAAAUUAGCAAAGACUUUGGGGAAGAAGGACACCUGUUGGCCUCGGCAAGUAAAGACAGAACUAUUCGAAUAUGGAGUACAGUAAAAGGGAGACAACUUGCUUCAAUGAGGUUACCCAAAACUGGAGGCCCACCAGGUGAUACAGGAAGAGGCAAACUUUGGGCGGCCAUUGUUUGGUCAUACUCUGAUCCACAUAAUAUUGUCUCUAGUUCCUUUGGUGGUGACUUGUUGAUAUGGGAUUUAGCAGCUACAGGACAACAGAAAUGGCAGCCAUUUUCUGCAACAGACAAACGGCAACAACAUAACAGAAUAAUAUUUAACUUGAGGUUAGGAUUCACAGACAACAAUUUUAUGGCAACAACUUCUAUGGACAGACAGUUGAUAAUUUGGGAUGUGAAAAAGCGCAGACCAGUUCACUGUCAGCCUACCCUAGGAGGAUAUGUUUAUUGUGCCAGGACUUCUCCCAUAGAUCCAGGAAGAAUAGCUUUAGGAGUUGGGGACAAUAUGAUUAGAGUAUGGAACCUUAACAACAGUAAUAAUCCUUUUGAUGUUGUCACGUUGUGGCAGGGGAUUAGGUCAAAGGUCACAGCACUAUGUUGGCAUCCCAAGAAAGAGGGACUGUUAGCCUAUGGAACAGAUGAUGGAAGAGUGGGAAUAUAUGAUACUUUGGCAAAUAAGCCUCCGAGUGUUUCAUCCAACUACCACAAACGUACUGUUUAUGUUGUGUCGUGGGGUCCACAGUGUAUAAAGACAGAAGGUACCAGUUCUGCUGCCUUCUUCCUAUACAGUAUUGGAGAUGGUGUAGUAAUGCAACACGAUCCAUACAAACUUGAAGAUGAGGCUCAUGACCUCAAUGAACUUAUAGAACAGUCCAAUGAGAAAAAACCUAGGGUACCAGUAAGAAGUGAGAUUAGUUGGAGUCCAGACUUUUCAGUGGUUGCCAUUGGAAAUGAUGAUGGGUCCAUAGAAAUUCUGGAUCUUCCAAACCUCAAACUGAGAGGAACUGUUCAUGUUCAUAAGAAGUUGAUCAAUGCUAUUGUCUGGCAUCCACUGUACACAACGACCUCCAGUGCGGGUUCACCAUACAAGAACCUGAUAGCAACUGGUUCCAAUGAAUCUAGUAUCAAUAUCGUUGAUUUGAAACCAAUAAUUGAAGCAGAUAAAGAUGGAAAAGAACUCCUGAUUAUAACUGAACCGUGGAAGUCCUUGAGAGGUCACUGUCACAGAAUUACCGGUCUGUCGUGGAGUACACACUGUGAUGGAUUCAUAGCAUCAUCGUCCUAUGAUGGACAGGCAAUGGUAUGGAGCAUUGAAACAGAACAGAUGUUAGCAUGUUACCGUGGACACAAGGGGAGGUUACUCACUGUACAGUGGAGUGGUCAGGAAAAGGAUGUUGUGUUUACAGGGGGAGAGGAUUUUUCUUUCCAUAAAUGGAGGUUUACAGAUCACCUACCAUCUGAAACAAAUGUUGUUCGAAAAAAAAGAGUAAAGACACGAGGAGGAAAAAACAAAAAAGCAACAGAUGGAGCUACUGAGCAGGAAGAUGCAGAAAAUGUUGUCAUGGUCAAAGAAAAUGGGUUGGAUCUGAAUGCAGACGAGAAAGAGUCAAUGGAAGCUCUGAUAAAAAGCAAGAAACAAGCACUGCAAAAACAGGAAGUAGAUGAGAAGGGAGAUAAUUCUCAAGGUUCAGUAAAUAAUGAUGAAGAAGUGUUGAAAAGCACGUCAUCACCCAAAGCAGACGACAAUACAGGGUCAGAGGUCACAUCCGUGUCCAAGGAAGCUCAUUCUGCCAAUAGUGCUAAAGUUACUGAAGUUCAGCCUGAAUUUACUAAAAUAAAGGAGAGAAAAGUUCUAAAACCUUAUAGCCAAACUCAUGGAAAAGAACCAAAGAAAAAACCAUGGAAACCGAAAUCCUUUUUCCCGUUGUCUGGUAGGAAAGAGGCUAGAGGAAAAGAACCAGUACUGAACGACAUUUUGAUCCUGGCCAAGCAUAUAUUUGGUAAAUUAACACCUGAAGAGGUUAAUGAUGUUGAGGGGGAGGAGUUGGCUCAUUUGGGAUUUUUCCUGGACAGAAAAGCCAUGUACAGAUGUCUUAACCUAGAAGGCCAGUAUCACAGAGAAAAUGAUAACAUGGAUUAUUUUUAUCAGCUUGAAAUCUGGAAGGGAAACAUCUCUGGAGCGCUCAGGAUAGCAAGAGAAAGAGAAGAACUUUCAGACUGGCUUGUUGCUAUGGCACCAAUGGCUUCAUUUGAAUCAUGGGUAACUGUUUGCACAGAUUAUGCUAUACAGCUGGAAUUGGAGGGACAGUACCACAAAGCUGUGUCCUACCUGUUGGCAGCACAUAAAGUCUACGAUGCUAUAGACCUCUUCAAGAAACAUAGACUCUUCAAGGAAGCUAUAGCCUUGGCAAAAGUUAGAUUAUCUCCCUUUGACCCUGUGUUGGAAGAUUUGUAUACGUUGUGGGCACACCAGCUGACUAAGGAUGGAAACUACGAACAAGCAGCUAAAUGCCACUUGGCUAUGAGGCAGGUUCAGGAUGCUGCUAACCUUCUGGCUCGUAGAUAUAACCAGCCAAGCCUCCGUACCGCCUCCCAUGUCUGUAUGAUAGCUAAAGACAAACAGCAGGGGUUGGUGUAUGCCCAGAAAGUGGUCCAACAGUACCUUAUACAGAACCAGUGGAAAGAGGCAUACAGCUUCCUCAAGGAAGACAAGCAUCUUCAGUUGUUAUCUGCUGUAACAGCUAUGCAUGAGUUAUUAGCAGUAGAAAUAACAAAAUGCAGUGAUGAUUUGAUCACUGUAGAAAAGGACAACCUGACUGACUGGUCAGAGAAACUUCAAGUUACUCCCAUUUUACCAGAUUUCAUUUUAGACCCAGAUGAAAAUGAUCCAAUAUCACCGUGGCAACCAAACAUUGUUGAAGGGCACACAUUUCCCCACCAUGUUUUGAGAAUCUGGUAUGGUAACCUAGGCAUAACCAUGGAUACCAAUAGUCUUGAGGAAAUGUAUAAGUCAUUGAGUGUGUUGCAUGCUGGGAGACAAGCUCAAACAGAACUGCCACAAUUACUGGUACAGAUCAGUAUAGACCUAGUCCUGUGUCUGCUGUCCUUGUUGAUGUCAGAGACUCCCAUGGCAAUCUCACAUCUGCUGAAAGCUGUCAGCAGUCUACAUGAAGCUAAUCACUUACAAGUAAUGGAAAUAUUGCUCAAAUUGUUCCUUCCACAGGGGCCAAAAUAUAUGCUGAAGUUACAACAGGAGAUUACUGCCAUGAGGGUUGUUAUUAGUAUGGAGAAUAAUAUUGACUUUGAUACGUCAAAAAUGCACACGAUCAAACGUUACAUGUCGGAACUAAAAGACGAGGACUCUGUUUCAAAUGGAGGCUUACGAUGCAGGGAGUUAGACUGCCUUAGAGCUUAUUAUUUUGUGGCCAUUUUGAAUUAUUUACGAAAGAAUUUAGGCAAAAAAGAGGAUGAUCGAAAGGAAAGUGAAAACUCAAAUUUAGAAAUCAAAAGUGAAAGUAAGAGCGAUGUGCAGGAGGUUGUUAAAAUUGAUUCAGGUGAAAAUAUACAAGGUAUUAGGGAAUGUGAAAAUAACAAUUCAAAAACUGAAGAAAUCUCUGAUACGAAAAGUGAUCAAAUGGCUAAUGUCGGUAAAGAAAAUUCAGAAGUGAGCAUUCAGUUGGAAAGUGAAAAUUUGCCUUCUACAUCUGAUAGUAGUACAAGCUGUUUGGCUUCACAUUCUGAUACUAGCAUUAGCCUAUCUGGUCAGCUUGAGAACAUUAAAUCAUCUGAUACAGAAGAAAAUUUGGCUGAAAAAAUCAAAUUUUACGUUAAGAUUGAUGACGAAGCGAAUCCAGUGGGUGGAUCAGCUGAUCAAAGUUUAGUGAGUGGAAUAGGUGCAAGGCCAAAAACCUUUAGAUUUAUGUCUUUUGAAACCCCAGAGUAUCGUCUCAGUGUUUCGAAGCUUUCACAUGUGGCUCGCGGUUUACUUUGGGAUAUACAAGGCAAACGAUAUGCACUUACUGAAACAUUAGGUUAUAUAUACAAGGGAAUUUCUCAACUUUUGCUGGAUUUAAAACCUAGUUCAAUAUCACCAUCACCUUCGCAAGCGGAAGUUAAUUCUCAAACCAUGUCAGAAAUUCUUCCUCUGGACCAUCAGGCAAUACCAACGUCAAAUCCCGAAUUUCAAGGAGAAUCUAUGUCUGCAAGAUCGUCUAUUGGAUCAUUAAUUGAAAUGCAGGGGUCGGCUAUGGGUAAAAAACGUCAUUCCAGUGAACCUGUCAUUCAAAAACCUCAAGUACACGAGAAACUAGAAAUGUGCCAUCGUUCAGCAUCAACAGGAAGUCAACCAAGUCUGGAAACUAUGUCUCUUCAAUACUCCAGCAUUGAUAAAGAUCUAAUUGAGGAUCCUGAUUUAUACAUGUCGUCUGAUUGGUUGAUCAAGUCACGGAAGGUCUUAUGGGAGGAUGAACCUCAUCAUCCAUUAGCAAUAGUGCAUUCUGGGAAAGAAAAUUUAACCAGCAUUAUUAAUCCUAAUAAAUACAUUAAUGUGCCUGAUGAAUGGUACAACAUGCCUGCUGAUCAAAAAUAUACAAUGAAAUAUGUUACCAUGGCAAUACUAAAAGAGGAACAGGAGUACAUGAUGCAGGAGUUGAAGAAUGGUCCUGAUGCCAUACAGACACCAUUUCCUAACCCAAUGGAUUCUGUGAAACUGUUGCUAGUGAUGUGCGGAAAGAGCGAUUCCCUGACAGAAAACGAGAGACAUAUGUUUGCAGAGAAAAUAGUCACAUGGGCCAUGAAAUAUGCUGUGUCCUCACAACAGAAAGACUCUAUAAUAGAUCACAUGCAUCAAGCUUUGACUCAUUUGUAAAAUAUUGUACCAAAAAUUCAUAAAUCGUGUAUAAAUUCGAACAUUUACUGUGACUAUGGCAAUAGGAAAAAUUCAGAACCAAAAGUUUAAAUUAUAGAUGCUGUGCAUUUCUCGAUAGUCGAUUACACUUUGCCUUCUGUAAUAAGGCUCAUUUAGUCAUUAAGACCACAAAAUUUAAUAUAUAUAAAAAAUUAAUGCCCUUGUUUAACAACUCUUGAAAAAACAUGGCAAAGAUUUUCAAAUUUACAGAAUGGACUUAAAGUAAAUUAUUGUUUACAAAUAAAGAUUAUUUUUAUGGUCAAUGAACAUUUAUUUGUGAGCUGCAGAAUCAAUUUCUAUUACAAAACAAGCUGUAAAUAUCAGGCAUUUCAUUAAGAGACAACAUCUAGUACUUUUACUCUCUAAACUUCUGAUUAGGUCCACUUCAGUUAUGAAAUUUUCAUAGUGUUCAUAGCAUACCUGGAAAAGGACUUUCUUCGAACACAAAAAGUUCUAGUCCAUGUAAUAGAUAAUGAACCCAUGGUAUAAAGUUGUGAGCAGAUUAAAAUGUCUUAUGUCAUAUGUCUUAUGAGCGUGUAAUGAAAAAAAUCUCCAGUAUAAUUUCUAUGUCGUCUUAAUUGCCAUGGUCACAUGGUAUACAUCAGUCAUUUUCACACAUCGAUAGAAUUAGAAUUAUGUCAGAGAGACAAUAAACUAUAUGUAUGUUUCUUGACGCUAUAUAGAACAAUUUUGUAUCAUCUAUAUGUCCAUCAUUUUUGAAGUGCAGGGAAGCCAUUUAACCAAUUGGAAACUUUUACCAUAAAAAUGAAACAUUUAGUAUUUUUGGAAAAUAUUUUGCAGGUCUUACUGACAAUAAAUACCAAUGCUCCGUGUUGAAGGCCGUACCUUGACCUAUAAUGGUUUACUUUUAUAAAUUGUAACUUGGAUGGAGAGUUGUCUCAUUGGCACUCAUACCACAUCUUCCUAUAUCUAUAUAUGUUAUCUUCACAAAAAGCAUAGGUGUCAACUUUUCAGCAGUCACUGGGAGCAGCCAGAUAUUUAAAUGGAAAAUUGUUGAACUUCCUUUAAAAACAAAUAUCGAGACAAGGAGUCAAAAGUCCCACUUUAGAAAAAGAAAAAAAAAUUCAUAUUUCUUUCUUUUUCAAUCUCAUUUCAUUUAAAUAAAUGUUUGGCGGCCAAACAAGUUUUGUAAAAUCCUGUUCAAUAAAUUAAAUAUUGUCAAAUAUUUUUUGGCAGAAUAUAUCAUGUAUAUUCCCCUAAACUUCUAUAUAUAUAUGAUUUGUAGGUAAUGACCUAUUAUUUGAUUCUAUGGUAACUUUUCCAUUGUUAAAUUUGUUUUUUAUUUUUUAAACUCCUUUUACCUAAACUUUUUUUAUGACAAAUUUAAGAUCUGUAUGAUAAUUUUGCACUAAAUUUUAAGCCUUAUGGAAUCACACCACUAAUUCAUGGACCCAUUACUUCCAAUGUUAAAUCCCUCAAUUUCAAGCAGGCUCUUUUGUCUUUAGUUCAAAUAAAGUGACAAUCAUUGCAUGUCAAAGCAAUAUCUUAUGGUGUCUUGCACUGAAAAAAUCAACAUACUUUUAAUUGCAUUUAAGAGGGAACUUCGAAUGUACCAAAACAGAUACUUCAGAUCUGACAAACAGGCAAUACGUACCCUCCUUUUAAAAUUUCAUGCAAUUUUUUUAUUAUUCAAAAUUAUAAGUCAAAAAGCCUUCGACAAUGUCUGCUUUCAUUCGAUACCAAAAUUAAUGAAAUACAUACUUUGAAAGUUACACCCAUGCGUAGGAACUCUUUUGUGUUAAAUAUGUAUUUCUUUCUGGUAUGUGCUUUCUCACCGGGUCCCAAUAAGUGGUGUUACACCUUUUGGCCCCUUCUUCUUUAUGUAAAAAAAAAAUUUCUAAGAGGGAGAUGUUUAACUUUUGAGGUUUGAUUAGUUGACACCUAUGAAAAAAUACUGGAUGUCUUCAAGUGCCUUUUUUGGAAUGUCCAAACUGUUGAUUUAUUACCUGUACAUUUAAACGAAUAUCAAAUCAUUUUAUGUCUUUUUGGGGUUGUGUAUGGGGAAGUUUGAGCUUAUAAAUGAAGCAAACCCACUUAUAAAAAAGUUAAAAACACAUCUUUUUUGUAGAAGGAAAAAUGUAAUUUUAAAUGAAUUGCUCAAAAUGAUUAAACCCAAGUGAUAAAAUAUAAGUGCCUUUUUUUAUUGGACUGCAUUCUGCACAAUUAACAGUCAUUUGAAAUAGAGAAUGAGUCUCAUUUUAUUUUAGAUUGUCAAAAACAUACAUUUUUGUGGGUUUAGAUAGAAUUUUUUUAUAAGUUAACAAGACAAUUUCAUGAUAUUUUUUUUUUGCUGCAAUGAUUAUGUGAAGACAUUCUUUGAAGGAAGUUGAGUUUUAUACUCUUCUAUCACUAAACAUAUGAUGAACAUUCAGCUAUAUCAUUGGACUUCUUUUGGUAUACGACUCUUACUGCAGGAAAAGACCUGAAAAGUUUUGAAAAAGUCUUUUAGUGAGAAAUUUUCUUUGUUAGGGACACUUUUCACAAAAAUCUUACAAUUGAUCUUGAGAUAUACUGAAAUGUUCAUGUCUUGCAAAUUUUUAAGAUUUUAUGUGAAAUGAGGUGUUGACCUUGUUCUAUCCCAGUUGCUCACUAUGUACAAGUUUAUCAUAUUCUUUUAUUAACUUUUUCUAUAUACACUUUUUUCAGUGUUUAAAUAGCUAUGAUGGGUUCUAAUAUGAAUUUGUUUAUAAUCAUUUUAUUUUGUGGACUCAAAAGUUAGUCAUUCAGAAUUGUCUUGGAUUACAGAAGUAAAUAAAUUACAUGUGGAUACAGAAUCUCUAGGUAUUAACUCCCUUAGUAUACCUAAGGUUGUUGGCAAUUCUUUUCAGGCUAAAUUUUUCUACCAAAUUGCUCUUCAUGUAUAAAUACUUGCCGGUGAUUCCAUGUGCUAAAUUUUAGUGUUUCUGAUCCUAAAAAUGUUUGAAAUACAAUGAAUUAUAUUUUUUCUUUAAUUUGGAUAAGUUUGCUUUAAUUCAAAAUUCAACAACUUUCUAUAGUAGUUUUAUGCUCCAUCCUGUUGUAGCCUCCCAGUAUAAAAGUGCUUUGUUAUUCACAUUUGUAAAUAUACCAUAACAAAAAAGUGUCUUCACUCUAAACAUGACAUUGUUACAACACAUUGGGGAUAAACAUGACAUUGUCAAAACACAUUGGGAUAAACAUGACAUUGUCAAAACACAUUGGGAUAAACAUGACAAUGUCCUAACACAUAGGGAUAAACAUGAAAUUUAUAUAACACUGUUACACAUGGGGAUAGACAUGUUAUAUUGUUGUUACUGCUUCAUUGUUGUGUUAAUUAUGACUGAAAUAAAAUUAUUGAAUUUGU